UCCCCCACACGACGUACACGUCGCAUUAAAAAAUGACCAAGGAGGAGUUUGAGGCCAAGGAGGGCGUCGAGGAGGUGGAGGACGAUGAUGAGGAUCUUAGCGACGACGAUGAGGAGGGUGACCUCGACGAGGGUGAUGAGGAAGGUGGUGGCGCACGUGGUAAGCAAAGCCGCAGCGAGAAGAAGAGCCGCAAGGCUAUGCAGAAGCUCGGCAUGAAGCCAGUGCAGGGUGUUACUCGAGUCACCAUUAAGAAGAGCAAGAACAUUCUCUUCGUGAUCCAGUCGCCAGAUGUCUUCAAGAGCCCUGCCUCGGACACCUACAUCAUCUUCGGCGAGGCCAAGAUCGAGGACUUGAGCGCUCAGUCUCAGGCCGCCGCUGCUGAGCAGUUCAAGAUGCGCCCCGAGCCAGAAGCUGCGCAGGCACUUGGCGCGGCAGCCGGCCAGGCCGAGGACGAUGACGAGGAGGUGGAUGACAGCGGUGUUGAGCAGAAGGACAUUGAGCUGGUCAUGACGCAAGCGAACGUCAGCCGUGCCAAGGCCAUUAAGGCGCUUAAAAACGCCGAGGGUGACAUUGUGUCGGCAAUCAUGGAGCUCACAAUGUAAUGCUGAUGUGGCUAGGUGGUCAAUCCUCGCUUUGACGGCGAUGUUCCAGUCCCAGUCCCUCGUCCAUUUCGACCCACUUCAGCCACUCAAGGGGGCAUCUGAGUGUGUUUUUGACAGUUGCUGCCGCUGCCGCGGUUGGAUGGCUGCGGUUAAUUCGGAGAGGGUAUGAAAUGGACUGCAGGGGUGCAGCGACAGGAGCGGCUUAGUUUAGUACUACUACGCAACCGCGACCUGGUUGAGCGGGGUGUUUGGCUAGCCAUACGUUGUGGAGGUUCCAAGCGGUGGUUGUGAAGUUUUGAAGGUAUUGGCGCGGGACUGCUCGGCAGAAUUCGUGGGGUGACAUUCUCCGACCGCUCGGUAUGACCCUUCCGCUGCAGCCGGGGCACAUUACGUCCGUAGUUGCCGGGGGCAUGUGAUGAAGUCACGGGGCUUUAGCUAAUGUUAGGGUGCAUGCUGUGGCUAUGUCGCUCCCUAGCAUGGUGCUGGGAGGGGACGCGCUUGGCGGGUCGGCAGGAGGUCUUGUUGCGGAUGUGGCGGGGUUCACUGAAGGCCGGUCAAGCAGGCGGAUUCACCGUCGGCUGAGACGGUGCAAGAUGUGCCUAUGGGAGCAUCAGGAGAAUGUGUAAACAAUGUCACAGGGGCAACUUAGGGCUCGGGCUCAACAGCAAGUGAGUUUGCUCAACAGCCAAUCGCUUUACCUGGAUCAUACCUGGCAGAGGGACAAGGCUUUUUACCCACGCAUGCUCCAAGAUGUAAAUGCCCUCGCAGUUAACUGUGAACUAAAACACUAAGACGGUUGAUAAUUUUGGAAGGCAUGGUUGUAUUUUGAGCUAGAAGCAUCACACGACACGGUAGUAUAUCAUGUCAAAACGAUGAUCC